UUCAAAAGGACUCAAAAUGUACAAUAAAAAUUUGGAGGAAAAAAACCUUCCUGGUCCUGUCAUUAAUGUGUAAAUGUGUCAUGAAUCACGCAGGUUGUUUGGUAUUUACGUGUGGGUGUGGUUGUGUACAUUACUACUUGAUAUAUUAGUAAUAUAAUAUCCAGCGUUAGCCCGUGUUAAUAUAAUAUCCACCCAGGGAGUUAACUGCAUAAAUUGGGUAGUUCUCAAGGACACACACUUUUAACUUGUAAAAAUUAACUAAAAACUAUAUUUGAAGGCAAUUUACUGCAUUUAUCAAAUAAUUGUGGGCUAGCUGUAGCCUGUAUGGAUAAUGGAUAAAAUGCAUUUAUUUUUUUAAAUUUUUUUUUUAGGUAUUAUAGGACAUAGUAUUUGGGUACAUUUUUAUUACCUAGCCUGGUUAGGAAACACAGAAAGCUAAAUAUAAAAAAAAAAAACAAUGCAGGCGAAUUUUGAAGCCUGUUUCCAUGGUGACGUGAUGACUCGUUAGCGUUGUACCAGAGUGAGCUGCAGCCUAGCACUGCUGCUCAGGGAUAACCGGUUUUAACCCAUGUACCGUUAGCUGUGUCGUAGCUGUGUAUAGCACUAAGGUAAUGUCUGAAGUAGAUGUUCGUGCGGCUGCUCCAUCAUGAUAACUUGCCAGUUAGACCCGUCGAUAAUCACCGUAAAGGGGCUAAUAUCCCGGGAAAGCUCGAACUGCGGGCAGCGCGGCCCUGAUGCGGUUGGAUAUCCGACAUACAGGAACUUGAGGAUGGGAGCAGGUGGAGGGCAAGCGUCUUUAAGGCAAAGUCAACCAAGGAAAUUUCCUGUUACACAACCUUUGAGCAAGUCCAGGGACGCGAAACCUCAGCUGACUGGCUUCAUAAUUGGAGGGACGCCUACUUUAACCAAAGAUGACAAGCUGGAGUUGCAAAACACCAACCCAGAGAGGGAUCUCAGCGGGAGGCGCUUUCUGUUAGAUAGAAAAUGUGUGAUGUUAGAGAGGACCAAAACUGUGAUUCCUCCACUGCCAAGAGACUACCAUGUGCACAGACCUGGUAACCUCCCAUCCUUCAGCCUCUCCAAGGAGCUUUCCCACAGCCACACAGGGCGACCCUUCACCCUGGGGUACCCUGAAAGCUAUAAACUGAACACAAAUCCAGCCGUCCUCAUUCCCUCAGCUUUAGUCCUCAGUGGCAGAAACACCUUUUCGGUUGAGAACUGCAAGCUUGGCAGGCCCAAGGUGAAAUAUCCAUCCUCCAACGUAAUGACUGUUAAAAACAAUCAGAAAAGCCAGUCCUAUCCGGACCCAAUAGCUGGAGCCUCUCGCUCUUACAUCCACAGGAUAUCUGAGCUGUCCUCUCUGGAGGGCGAGACGGUGAGGCAGGAAAAGCUCAAGAAAAUGAGAAAACCUCGAAAGACUCCAUCCUGACAAUCACCUCCUUCCCAGUCACACUGGUCGAGGUUAAAAACAUUCGAGUCUGUGCCAACGACGGAACAGAAUAAACCACUUAGGGCGCCAUGUUCAUUUCAGUGGCUCGUUCUGACUGCUUGUUUGUCCUCUGUGAUAUUAGUUUGCUGCUUGGUAUGGCUGGUGGUUACAUUCUGGGAUUCUUAAUUACAUGUAGUACGGACUUGCUGCAACAAUAAAUGCCGGUGAUGAAUAUUAGGUAAACAUUUUCCAGUCUGACGCACAGCUGUCAGCAGUUUUCCACCCAGCACCUGCAUGCAGGAUAUUUAAUUUAGCUUUCUAAUGGCUCUUGUAUAAUACAGCCAUAUUUCUUUCUGUAUCAUCUGUAUCAUAUUUCAUAUGGUGUCCAUCUUUGGCCUCAUCGUUACCACAGUGUUUCAGACAUACAGCAUAUCUAAGCUUUGUUAAGUAAGUGAAAUAUUGACAUAUAUAGUAAAUAGUUUAGCAAAGCCAUUAUUGUGCCUUGUUAACUGUCUUCCUGAAAUUAAAUAAAUUUAUUUUUGUUA